AUACCCCACAGGACGAAUUGCCAAGCUACUUGGAGACGUCAUUCUCUCGGCUGCAUAUCCUCGGAACGCUUGUGAUUGGACGCGAAUUAAACUCCAAUCUUUUGGGUCUUGAUCCAUUACUGGUUCACCCCUCAGCUUACAUCUUGUGCGAAACACCGACAACUGAGAACUUUUCUCCAUGAUAGGCGCCCUUAGCUACAAUAGCGGGCAUUUCAACUUGUGCUCGGAAUUGUGAGUGACCAUGUCCGAUCAAAGUGGUAAGGGCAAAGGGCUGCCAGCAUUGCCCCUCCCUAGCGCAAUAUCGGAAGACUAUGUCGACUGCGAAGCAUCCUGUGGCCUCAACAUCCACAUUCUCAAAGCCGGAGAGCUUGGAAAGCCGCUGGUGCUCUUCUGCCAUGGCUAUCCAGAGCUCGCAUUUUCUUGGCGGAAAGUCAUGCCGCAGAUUGCUGAAGCUGGUUUCUACUGCAUAGCCAUGGAUCAGCGUGGCUACGGCCGAACUACUGGCUGGCCAAAGAAAUCAUUUCUUGAAGUGAACCUGCAAGACUAUCUCUUCACUAAUCUCGUCCGGGAUUUGGUCUGCCUAGUCUAUGGCUUAGGCUAUACCGAAGUCUACAGCAUCGUCGGACACGACUUUGGCGCUGUGAGUUCGGCUAUGGCCGCCCUGAUGCGCCCUGAUAUCUUCAAGUCCACCAUCCAGCUUAGUCAUCCCCAUCAUGCACCACCAACACCAAGACUAGGAAAUAGAUUGCCGAACCAGAAGUUAGAUAUCCAGGCUGAGCUGGCAAAGCUGAGCCCACCGCGUAAACAUUACAAGUGGUACAAUUCGACACCGGAAGCCGCCCCGGCUUGGGAAUAUCCUCCUCAAGGUCUCGAAGCGUAUCUCCGAGGUUAUUUUCAUCUGAAAUCAGCAGACUGGGACAAGAACAAACCGCAUCCACUGAAGGAAUGGAGCGCCAAGGAGCUCGAAGUGAUGCCGGAGUACUACAUCAUGCAAAAGAAUCAUUCCCUACCACAUACGGUUGCAAAGAACAUGGAAGGGGAAGACUUUUCAAAGACCGAGAAGUGGCUUUCGAAGGAAGAUUUGCAAGUGUAUUGCAAGGAAUGGAAGCGCACCGGAUUUCAGGGGGCAUUAAACUGGUAUCGUGCACAGACAUCCUCGACCGUGGAUUGUGCCAAGGACAUGCUGCUAUACGCUGGCCGGCGCAUAGAAGUACCAUGUACGUUUAUCAGCGGGAAACAAGACUGGGGAAACUAUCAACAACCCGGCGCUUUCGAGGGCUAUGAGGAUGCCAAAACUGUGAAAGAGGGCUGCUUCAGAGGGAUGAAGCUGAUUGAUGGUGCCGGCCACUGGGUGCAACAAGAGCAGCCCGAGGCGGUGGCGCACGAGAUUCUACGGUUCUUCCAAACAUUGUGAUACAGUCGAGGCCUUAUGAGGCUUCGGAUUUUGCAUCACUAAGACACAUUUCAAUCUACACCGUGGGCAGGAUACCGAGUCCCAUUCAUCUAACUACAUGUUAUUUAUUCGUUUUCCUAUGUUCCAACAUUUUACCGUCGAUUAGACGGCCGUGACUUCACUGUAUGGUCUCUGUCCGUGUAUUCAUCCCAUCAAAUUCUCAGCUCAAAUCUUCGACGAGGUAUUCCUCAACUGCGAAUAGUACAGGCUGGUGCUUCUCUUCAGUUGAAUAAGCGCCUCU